UUUGUUCCACCAACUUUUCCAAUGGCCGGAGUUUCCGUUCUUCAGCCACAAGAUGUUCUCAAACACCACGUAAGUUAUCGUCGAUCUCGACAACGGAAUUCCACUUGUAACCCUCUACCUAACGCUAACCCUAAGAAUAACCGAAGAAAGCGAAGUCCAGAGAAAAAUGGAUCUGCUGAGUUUUCCACUGUGAAAAUUCUUAAGCGCGGUCAAGUGUGGAAGGAAAACAAGGGUGAAGAUUUGGUGUUGUCCACUACGGAUAUGGUGCUUAAGCACACAAGGAUUGCUGAACUCUAUGCUGGAUCGGGUUUCUCUUCCUCGCCGCCACCAAGCUCUUUGCCUGUGCCGGCUUUCUUCAAGAAGAAAAGUGAAGAUAACCUCGACGCUACAAGUGACUUGAGGCGUCUUCUCAGGCUCGAUCUGGCGGACUAGUUAUGGGAUGUUUCAAUCAUGAUGAUUGAAUAACAAGUUUGUGUUUUGCUGCUCGUCAAAGCUUCUCUUAUUUUUCAAGGGGAAGGACGAGUUUGACAAAGCAAUUUGUCAUAUUAGCAGCGUAGAUCUAGUUAGGUUGUUGUUUAAU